AUGUCUCUCCACCGCAACCCCCCAUUCCGCGUCGAGCAUCUCGGCUCCCUCCUUCGUACUCACGAGCUUCUCGACACCAAGACUGCCUUCGAGAGUGGCAAGGCCUCCCAGGCUGACCUCGAGGCCAUCGAGAAGAAAGAUAUCAAGGAUGUCGUCGAGCUCCAGAAGAAGCUGCGCUACCCUGCCCUCUCAGACGGAGAGUACUGCAGACACAUGUUCUGGGGCUCCUUCUUCCCCGGCCUCGACGGGUUCGAGGAACUCCAGGAUCCCAACCCAGAUGUCUUCCGCCCCUAUGCCCCCGAUGUCGCUGCCUUCCUCGAGGCCGGCCACAAGCCCGGCGAGAGCGUCUUCUGCACAGGCAAGAUCAAGCACGUCGGCAGCACAUACGUUGACCAGUUCAAGUACCUUGCUAGCCUCGUUGCUCCCGAGGAGGUGAAGAACCUGAAGAUCACCCUUGCUGCCCCUAACUGGUACCACCUGCGGUACCGCGAGGGCUUCGCCUUCCCCAAGGACGUCUACGCCAAUGUCGAUGAGUACUUCGCCGACAUUGCCAAGGCCUACCAGGACGAACUCCAGAUCCUGCAUGACGCUGGCUGCCGUAACGUGCAAUUCGAUGACCCUAACCUUGCUUACUUCUGCUCCGACAAAAUGCUCCAGGGCUGGAAGGAAGACACUGCCAACAAGUACAGCGCCGACGAGACCUUCGAAAAAUACAUCAAGCUGUACAACGACUGCCUCGCGAAGCGGGCUCCCGACUUCCACGUCGGCGUCCACCUUUGCCGCGGAAACUUCGUUGGCUCGCGCCACUUCUCUGAAGGCGGCUACGACCGCAUCGCCACUAAGCUCUUCAAGGAACUCAACGUCGACACCUACUACCUCGAAUACGACACCCCCCGUGCCGGCGGUUUCGAGCCGCUCAAGGAGCUGCCCCGGAACAAGAACGUCAUCCUCGGUGUUGUGACCUCCAAGUUCCCCGAGCUCGAGGAUAAGGAGGAGAUGAAGAAGCGUGUUUAUGAUGCCGCCAAGUUCAUUGCUGAGGGUAAUGGGGUCACUCUGGAGCAGGCUCUUGACCAGGUUGGUGUGAGCCCGCAGUGUGGCUUUGCUAGUCACCGUGAGGGUAACCUCAUUGAUCGCGAUGGGAUGGUCAAGAAGUUGCAGCUUGUUAGGGAUAUUGCGGAUGAUAUCUGGCCUGGACAGCUGUAA